CAGACGGCGUCACCGCGGCUUCACAGCGCGUUGCGUAGCGGCCGGAGGAGCGGCAGUGCGCGACGUUCCCUUUCGACGGCCGCCGCUCUCUUCCGACCGGUCUCCCCGCGCGUACACCGGCUGCGGCCGACAGAUUCGGAAGACGUCCCCCAACGUCCUCCCUCGUUGCCGGCACUGUGACCUGGUGCUUGCGGCCGGCGCAGACCCACUUUCGCGCUGAUUCCCAGUCAUCUCCACACGCUGCACAGCGCAAGCCGGAGGGGCCAUGGGCCUGUCGCGCAAGCCCGCGCUGCGCGCGCGGCAGCUACACGGCCUGGUCAUCGUGGCGGCCGUCUUCUGGAUCAACAUGUUUGUGCUGGGCUUCUUCCGUGCCAGCGGCGUGCUCUACGUAGCCAUGGUGCGAACAUACCACUGCAGCCACGAGCAGGCUUCGUGGCCCUUCAGCCUCGCAGGGGCCACGCUCUGCAUGACGGGACCCAUUGCUGGCGCCCUGAGCCGGCUGUUGUCCAUUAGGGCAAUCGUGACGACGGGAGUCAUCGUCACAGGCAUUGCAAUAAGCUGCUGCUUCUUUGCAGAAAACAUUGUGGUCAUCGUCAUACUUGUGGGGAUAUUUUACGGAGCCGGGACGGGGAUGGUGUGCAACCUGACGCCAAUGUUGCUUACUGAAUACUUCGAGAACCACCGGGCCAUAGCUUGUGGUGUGGCCUACUCGGGCUCUACCAUCGGCUCCUUUUUCUGGCCCGCAUUGCUCGAGUACCUCAUCAACGAGUUCGGCCUGCGCGGAGCACUGCUCAUCUACGGUGGAACCAUACUGCACGGCGUCAUGGGCUCCAUCUUGCUGACGCCCCUCUCUUACGCGACGCGGAAAGAAAACGAAGUCGAUACCGUCAAGCCAGACGGCGAGGACGAAAAGAUGCUGGAGCCGCUACGCGAGAAGUGCCAGAGCCUGGACUUCCACCCUUUCCAGAACGGCCACACAAACCCGCACGGUGGCAACAUAGGGAGGCGCUACUCGUCGCGCAUGUCCGUUCGCUCGGCCCUCGGUGACAACGACAGCGCGUGCGCAGUGUCCGUGUCCGGACUCUGCAUGGUGGUCUCCGACGGCGAGAUGUGGCACAGCCGGGAGGAACACCUCGACCGUAGGUGCAGUCCUGCCCCCAGUCUGAAGAAGCUGAACGAACCCAGUCCACUGGCCCCGCUGUGGGAGGCCGGGUCAGCGCCCGACACGGCUCUGAAAAACGGGAUGCAGUCUAUCGUGGCCCCGAUGGCCGACGACGGUGUUGCCGACUCUUCUCUGUGCGGAAACAUCAUUCGCGUUGUGCUAAACGACCUGAAGCUGCUGGGCAACCAGUACUUCAUCUUAGUAACCACCUCGGCGGUGGGCUUUUUCUUUGUGUUUAGUACGUUCAUUAUCAUCAUCCCUGAUUACGCCACGGACAAGGGCCUGCCGAUAAGCGAUGGGGUGUUUCUGUUGUCUGUGUACGGCAUAGCGGACCUGUUUAGCAAGCCGAUCCCUGGUCUUUUGGCGUACAAGAAAAUAAUGGACAACAAGGGAAUAUUCAUUAGUGGCGGAAUCAUCACGGGUUUGACAAUGAUUGUCAUGCCCUUUAUGGACAGCUACUGGUUCUUUGUGGUGAUGACCCUGCUGUUCGGCCUUGUGACCGGUGGGCUCAUAUUUAUGACUCCAGUCCUGCUCACCGAGUUCCUUGGACCCAAGUUAGCAGUUAUGGCGUUUGGAAUGUGCAACCUCUUCAUCGGCAUUACUUGCCUCCUGAGACCAUUCAUUAUAGGUUACUUCAAGGACAACUGGCACAGCUAUAACGGCCUCUUCUACGCAAUGGCGGUAGCAUGCAUUCUGUCUUCGCUCAGUUGGUACGUUGAGCCAGUAGUGAGCAAAGUAUGGACGUUUGUGAGCAGACCAAAGAAAUCUGUCCAACCACAAGAAGUCUGAAGAUUUCAUGUGUGCCAGGGCAGGACAUUACUCGAAUGUAUCGCGCUUUACGGAAACGGUAGGUCUGACGCCUCAGACGCCGUUAUCGCGCGCGAAUUGAACUCGCCUGUGGCGCUACUUGUGUUGUGUCUCGUGAACUGUCCGGAUGAUUGCACCGCAGAGAAACGGAGACCAAGUGGACGUUCUUCACUUUCCCCCCUUGCGAACACGGACUGCGACUGCACGGAACUGCAUCGUUGCUCAGCUGUGAUGUGCAUGCAUACUCGUUUUGCGCUUAAACCAUUGCUGAGACCAUCCGAAAUAAUUAUUUUUUCAUUAUUAAAUAUGUCAUUGUUGCUGC